AUCCGCAUUUUGUUGCAGUUUUCUCGGUGACGGCUAACGGUACAUUCGCCAUUUUUCUUGAGGGCAGCUAAGCGACGAAACAAUAACUCAACUGUGCAUCUCGAAUAAAAUCACACUUGCAGUUUUUACAGUAAAUAAACAUGUAUUGCCUGCUGUAACAUUUUCUCUGUUGUGCCAAAUGAGUAACGUUAUGAAGAUUUUGCAGUGUUGUAAUGAGCUAUUUAGCAUUGAAGCUAACUGGCUGCCCAAAGGAUCUCUUUGAACGGCUAACGUUAGUGUGCUAACGCGGCUAAUAGCUAACAGCAGCGGCAGCCAAUAGAAGUGGACAUGGCUUCUUCGGGGACAUCGGUUCUGCAGCCGCGCUGGAAGCGGGUUUUGGGUUGGUCUGGCCCGGUUCCUCGCCCGAGACACGGACACAGAGCUGUGGCCAUUAAAGAGCUGAUGGUGGUGUUCGGCGGAGGCAACGAAGGCAUCGUGGAUGAGCUGCACGUCUAUAACACAGCCACCAAUCAGUGGUUUAUUCCUGCUGUCCGGGGAGACAUUCCUCCCGGCUGUGCUGCGUAUGGAUUUGUGUGUGACGGCACCAGACUUCUUGUGUUCGGGGGCAUGGUUGAGUACGGAAAGUAUAGCAACGAUCUUUAUGAACUACAGGCCAGUAGAUGGGAGUGGAAACGUUUGAAGCCCAAAGCCCCCAAGAAUGGCCCACCACCAUGUCCUCGUCUGGGCCACAGCUUUUCCCUGGUUGGAAAUAAAUGUUAUUUGUUUGGUGGACUGGCUAAUGACAGUGAAGAUCCCAAAAACAAUAUUCCCAGAUACCUGAAUGACCUCUACACGCUUGAGCUACGCCCGGGGUCUAAUGUAGCAGGCUGGGACAUCCCCAUUACAUACGGCGUGCUUCCCCCUCCUCGGGAGAGCCACACUGCUGUUGUCUACACAGAGAAAACAUCCAAAAAGUCUCGUCUCAUCAUCUAUGGCGGCAUGAGUGGUUGCCGUCUUGGGGACCUCUGGACUUUAGACAUAGAUACUUUAACCUGGAACAAACCUGCCAUUAGUGGUGCGCCGGCACCUUUGCCCCGCAGUCUCCACUCUGCCACCACUAUAACCAACAAGAUGUUUGUAUUUGGUGGAUGGGUACCUCUGGUCAUGGAUGAUGUCAAAGUAGCGACACACGAGAAGGAAUGGAAGUGCACUAACACACUGGCUUGCUUAAAUCUAGACUCAAUGUCCUGGGAAACCAUCUUGAUGGACACACUCGAGGAUAAUAUCCCAAGGGCCAGAGCCGGACACUGCACUGUGGCUAUAAACAAUAGGCUGUACGUCUGGAGUGGAAGAGAUGGCUACCGCAAAGCCUGGAACAACCAAGUUUGCUGCAAAGAUCUGUGGUAUUUGGAAACCGAUCGUCCUCAGCCUCCGUCACGUGUGCAGCUAGUUCGUGCCAACACCAACUCUCUGGAGGUGAGCUGGGGGGCGGUGCCUACUGCUGACACUUACCUGCUGCAGCUGCAGAAAUACGACAUCCCUGCUGCAACUGCUGCCACGUCGCCAACGGUCAACCCAACCCCGUCUUUACCCAUCAACUCGCCUAAGAGUCCUGUACCCGCCGCUGCUGCUCCUGCAGCUCAGAGUCUGCCCCUCUCUGGGGUCACAAUGGUGCCACAAGUUCCUUCCCCCACCACCGGCAUGCCAAGCAGCCCGCUUGCAGCCUCACCUCGUGGACCAGCUAUUCUUAAAGUGGCAGCGCCUCAUUCCACCCCCGGGACGUCACUCGUUACUGUGCGUCAGGCCACUCCAGGAGGAAAAUCCCCAGUCACGGUUACAUCACUUCCUGCAGGUGUCCGCAUGGUUGUCCCUGCACAGAGCACCCAGGGGACGCCAAUCGGCAGCAGUCCUCAGAUGAGUGGCAUGGCUGCUCUGGCUGCAGCUGCAGCUGCUACUCAGAAGAUCCCGCCCUCUUCCACUGUGUUAAAUGUUCCAGCCGGAGCCAUCGUGAAAACUGUGGCUGUGACUCCUGGAUCGCCAGCUACUGUCAAAGUAGCUUCACCUGUAAUGGUUGCUAAUCCCGCGACCCGAAUGUUGAAAACGGCUGCUGCUCAGGUCGGCACUUCCGCCAUCUCUACUCCUAACACUCCGACUCGGCCGAUCAUCACUGUGCACAAAUCAGGCACCGUAACCGUAGCCCAGCAGGCUCAGGUCGUCACCACCAUGGUCGGAGGAGUCACCAAAACCAUAACCCUUGUUAAGAGCCCCAUUACAAUGGGUGGCAGCGGAUCUCUGAUCUCCAGCCUUGGGAAGAUGAUGUCUGUUGUCCAGACCAAACCAGUACAAACCUCUGCGAUCACCGGGCAGGCUGGAAGCAGUCCUGUUACUCUAAUACAAACGAAGACUCCUCUGCCUGCUGGUACCAUCCUGAAACUGGUCACAUCUGCUGAUGGCAAGCCCACCACAAUCAUUACAACAUCACAGGCAGGAGGGGCUGGCACCAAACCCACUAUCCUGGGAUACAGCACAGUCUCUCCAACUACCGCCAACAAACCAGGAACCACCAUUAUUAAAACCAUUCCCAUGUCUGCUAUCCAACAAGGAGCAACGGGUCUGACUAGCAGCCCUGGCGUCAAGUCCCCAAUCACAAUUAUCACCACUAAGGUUGUUACUCCUGGCACGGGUACUCCAGGGAAAAUCAUAACCGCUGUGCCAAAACUGACAGGUGCAGGACAACAGGGGGUCACACAGGUGGUCCUGAAGGGGGCGCCAGGGCAGCCUGGCACUAUCCUGCGCACUGUGCCUAUGGGUGGCGUGCGUCUGGUUUCACCAGGCACUGUGUCCGCUGGCAAACCGACUGUUACCACACUGGUUGUCAAGGGCACCACGGGAGUCACAACUCUGGGUACAGUAAGCGGUACUGUAUCAACUAGUGUGGCAGGGGCCAAUGUGGCAAGCGCUAACGCCAGCCUGGUGACUCCAGUCACCACACUUGGCUCCAUCGCAACAUUGUCCAGUCAGGUGAUCAGUCCCACGGCCAUCACUGUGUCUGCUGCCCAGACCAAGCUCGCCACCGCUACAAUACAAUCGGCAGCCCAGCCUACUCAAGUAACCCUGAUCACGACUCCAAGUGGUGCUGAGGCCCAGCCUGCACAGGAUCUUCCUGUCUCCAUCCUGGCCUCUCCCACCUCAGAGCAGUCCACCACCACCGGUGCUGAUGCUGGUGACGGCGCUGGAGAUGGUGCUACCACCGUGACACUGGUCUGCUCCAACCCUCCCUGCGAGACACAUGAGACUGGAACGACUAAUACAGCUACAACGGCUUCUGCCAAAAUGGGCAAUGAACAGAUUUGUUCCAACCCUCCAUGUGAGACCCAUGAGACUGGAACGACCAAUACAGCUACAACGUGUUCUGCCAAAAUGGGCAACGAGCAGAUUUGUUCCAAUCCUCCCUGUGAGAUGCACGUGACAGGCACCACCAACACAGCAACCACGGCCUCUGUAAACAUGGGCGGAGCACAGCAGAUGUGCGCCAACACACCCUCAGAAACCCACGACACGGGCACCACCAACACAGCCACCACUGCCAGCUGCAACAUGGGAUCUAAAGAGAUGGGAACCGUUAACAGCAAGACCACAUCGUCUUCUCCAACUACGUCUUCAGCUUCUGGUUCAGAACCAGAAACGCCCAGCUCAGAGGGCAGUGCUGGAUCGGGCGCCAUGCGGCCGGAGAAUCCCCGCACGGGGACCACCAACACCUCCACUACCGCCCGCUCCAACAUGGGCUCCGACCAGACGGGAACGGUGCAGAGCUCCAGCAAGAGCCAGGCCGGCAUUUCUUCUACAUUAAUGCCUGUUUGCUCCAACUCUCCCAGUGAAACGAAUGAAGAGGGCAUCACAAACUCUUCUCCUGUGUCUGGUGAUGUCCAGCAGGUCUGCUCAAAUCCUCCCUGUGAGACACAUGAGACGGGCACGACCAAUACGGCUACGCAGUCGAGCUCUAGUAUGGGCAGUGGGCAAACCGAUGUUGUGCAGAGGGUGUGCUCCAAUCCGCCCUGUGAAACUCAUGAAACUGGCACGACCAGCACACCGACCCAAGCCUCAUCUUCUAUUGGUGCUGGACAGAACAACACUGUGCAGAGGGUGUGUUCCAAUCCUCCCUGUGAAACCCAUGAAACGGGCACAACAAACACACCGACCCAAGCCUCGUCUUCUGUCGGUGCUGGACAGAAUGACGCUGUGCAGAGGGUGUGCUCCAAUCCGCCCUGUGAAACUCAUGAAACUGGCACCACCAACACAGCCACGACAGCAACAAGCAGCUUAGAAACUGGAGAAGUAACAGACCAGCAGGCCGGUGAUGAACAGAGUGACAGCGGCACCAGCUCAGAACCCUCAUCAUCUACAGAACCAGCCAAUCCCACAACACAAAGCAGAGCCAUCACCACAGUAACACAGGCCACGCCCACUCCAGGACCAUCAGUACCGGAGAUUUCAUCCAUGGCUGGAUCUGCGGUAGUGGCUGAGGUCCCAGGAGAGGCCGAGGCCAUGGAGCAGACCAGCGCUGAGGCUGAAGCUGUGGCGGCGGGAGAAGAGCCCAUGCAGACGGAGUGUCAGGGAGAGCUGGGUGAAGAGGGAGCUGUUAGGGUUGUUGCCAUAGAUGAAAGCGCAGCCGGUGAAGAGGGCACCGUGCUACAGGUUCAUGUCGCCAUGGAAGCACAGCCAGGUCAAGGAGAUCAGGCUGAGGUGAGGAACUUUUUGCAGAUGGAGGCCGGUGUGGAGGGCGCAGAAGCGAUGAGUCUCGCCGCUCAAGACUCAGAAGCCCUCGCUCUGCCCCAGGAACUGAUGUCUGCAGAAGGACAGCAAACCACCCUCAUGGUGACCGGACUGACUCCAGAGGAGCUGGCAGUGACGGCAGCGGCUGAGGCUGCAGCACAGGCUGCGGCUACAGAAGAAGCGCAGGCCCUUGCCAUCCAGGCGGUCCUACAGGCAGCUCAGCAGGCUGUGCUCAGUGAGGGAGACGCAGGUCACGAAGGGCAGCAGUCCACCACCAUACCUAUAGUUCUGACUCCGCAGGAGCUCGCUGCUCUGGUUCAGCAACAGCAGCAGCUCCAGGAGGCGCAGGCGGCUGCAGCCCAGCAGUUAAGCGCUGCAGCAGCCGCAGCUGCACUGCCCACCGAAGGCUUGGCACCAGCAGACAGUCUCAACGACCCAGCAUCUGAGAGCAACGGCCACGAGAUGACAACUGCUGUUGCGGGAGCUGUGGUCCGUCUCCUUCCACGUACCUCUGCAGAGACUCUAGCCCCAUCAAGUACUUUUGCACCAUCUCAGCCGAUGGUGGUAGCCAGCCCAGCCAAGAUGCAAGCGGCCACUGCUUUAGCUGAGGUGGCCAAUGGGAUUGAAUCAGCAGCUGGGAAGCAAGAAGCUCCUCCAGCCGUUGUAAGGCCACCAGUGAAGAAAGAGAAUCAGUGGUUUGACGUUGGAAUCGUUAAGGUCACAAACAUGGUUGUCACACACUAUUAUGUGCCAGCAGAUGAUUCAGCGGUUACUGAUGAUGAUUCUGGCGCAAUCCCAGAUUACAGCCGAAUGAAAAAGAUCGAGCUUUCUCCAGGCACUGCAUACAAGUUUCGAGUGGCUGGUAUAAAUGCGUGCGGCCGCGGGACAUUCUCUGAGGUCUCUGCAUUUAAGACCUGCUUACCUGGCUUCCCUGGAGCCCCGUGUGCCAUUAAAAUCAGCAAGAGCCCCGAUGGUGCUCACCUGACCUGGGAGCCUCCUUCAGUGACGUCAGGGAAGAUCAUUGAGUAUUCGGUCUAUCUGGCCAUCCAGAGCUCACAAACAGUCGAGGCUAAAGCAUCCACUCCGGCUCAGCUUGCCUUUAUGCGGGUGUACUGUGGGCCCAACCCGUCCUGCCUAGUGCAGUCGUCUAGUCUCUCCAACGCCCACAUCGACUACACCACUAAACCCGCCAUCAUCUUCCGCAUCGCCGCUCGCAAUGAGAAGGGCUAUGGCCCUGCAACACAAGUCAGGUGGUUACAAGAAACCAAUAAAGAUGGCUCUGCAGCCAAACCUGCAGCAAAGAGGCCAGUCUCGUCACCUGAUAUGAAAGGCGCCGGCCCAAAGAAGGCCAGAUCUGACCAGUGAGAGCUCACCGUGACCCUUGACCCCGCCCUGUGUAUGAGCUGAACCAUGACUGAACUCCACCUCCUGCUUCCACUUCUCACCCCAUUCCAUCCUCUGCAAUGAACCAGAAGGAAACUGCAGCCAAAAAUAGGAAAGCGUUCAAAAAAGGAAAACCUUUCCAUUUCCAUUUUUGAGAAAUCCGCUCCUAUCACUGGACAUGUUGGUGCUAUGGACGCCUAAUUUCCAACUGUAUUUUUUCUUUUUUAAACAUUAAUGUUCCUCCUCAGAAGCACAUACAUUUGCUUUUCCUGACAAUUUUGUGUAAAGCGAUUCCAACAGCAGCGUUCGGUCUAGUUAUAACUAUUAUCAAAUACUCAUUCUCUGUUUUUUGUUUUUGUUUUUUUUUAAGCUUAUUCCUAUACAAGCAAUAGAUAACAGAAAGAUAACUUUGCUCUCUUGUCAGUUUGUUGUUGUUUUCAUUAUUUGGGCAAGUCUGUAUAUUUCAACCGUGUGCUGAAAGGAGGCGGAGGAAGGAGUGCGGACGACGAAACGAAGCAGGGGAAAUGCAUCGAAAUCAAAUGAAAACGGACAGCACUUGGUUAUGCUUGUGAGGGAAAAGACUCUGUAAUUAUUCAUUCACUUCGAGUUCAUUAGCCUGUUUUGCAUCACUGUGUGUUCAUACAUUUGCUGUGAGGGACAAUUGAGGACCGCAACGCUGAAGACUAAAAGGACUUCGAUUCAUGUAGAUGAAAAGCAUACUACUUUUGCAUUGCAUCAGCUAGAUCUUGUAUAAAGAGAGAAAAUCCCAAAAAUAGUAAAUGGUGAUACAGGAGUUCUUUGUGUGUGGUUUAUUUUUGUAAUUAUUAUUUUUCUUCUCAUGUAUUUGUGCUUCAGAGCGCAGUUUUAAACCUCACACCUCUCUUCAGCAUGUUAACUGCUCAUCCCUGUAGUCUCCAUGCUUGUGGAUUUGACAUGCGGGCCACAGUGUCUCCCGUGUUCAUGAAUGAUUUCACCUUUACUUUGGGAAUUGUAGUGUAAAAUGUAUUUGUUCUAAACAAUAACCCACUUUUGAGAUUUUCUCCACCCUUUUUCCACCCAACUUGUUACUUUUUUGAAUUUAUAGAGCCCUACUGCAGAAAAAGAUGCUUUCAUUUUUAUUUCCCUCUUGUCGUUAGUCUGUAGUUCCUGUAAAUUUACUUUUCUGAUUCUGACGUUUAUUUUAUACGCUUGGUUUUGUGAGUUGAUCAAUACGAGUUGGGAUUCUUCUCCAGCUGUGCAGCAGAAGUUUGAACCAUUUUCAUUUUCUGCCUCGGACUGUUUGGACUUGUUUAGGGAUGCAGGUUUGUGUAAAUGCUAAAUUGGUGCAUAGUAAGGAGAGGUUUUGAUUUGUAUGUCUUUUUUGAAUGGAAGUUGGAAACUGUUCCUGUUUCUUGUGGUUGGGAAAUGUUGCAGAUGGAUUGUUGGCUUAGCCAGAGUUUGAACUCCGUUGUAAAUUAGUUCUUUCACGUAGCAAGACGUAAAACAAAACUGUUUGCCUUUUUUAUAUAAUUAUCUGUAACAAAAUGUUUUUACAUGUUGUCAUCUAUUGAUUGCUUUUGUGUCUUGACAUAAAAGUAACAGAAUUCUGUCUCUGUGUUAAUUUGUCCUGUUUUGCCUGCAUUUUUGUCAUUUUGUGUUGCUGAUGGUCUUGUCUUCUGAGCAAUGUGAUGUACAAGAAAUAUAGAUGACCAGCAAGAGAUUAAAGAUUAUUUGUAUCAGGAAAAA